UAGAAUGUGACGUAUGUGGGGAAGUUUUUGAGUGCAAGUCAAAAUUGCAGAGACACCUGAAAUCCCACACAGGUGAGAAGCCACAUACUUGUAAAGUAUGUGGGAAAGCUUUCGGACGUAAAUAUGUCUUGUUAGUCCACAUGAGGACUCACACAGGUGAGAAGCCGUAUACUUGUAACGUAUGUGGGAAAGCUUUCGGACAUAAUAGUGUCUUGUUGGUCCACAUGAGGACUCACACAGAUGAGAAGCCGUAUACUUGUAACGUAUGUGGGAGAGCUUUCAGACGUGAUGGUGUCUUGUUAGUCCACAUGAGGACUCACACAGGUGAGAAGCCGUAUACUUGUAACGUAUGUGGGAGAGCUUUCAGCUAUAAUGGUCACUUUUUAGUCCACAUGAGGACUCACACAGGUGAGAAGCCACAUACUUGUAACGUAUGUGGGAAAGGUUUCGGACGUAAUGGUGACUUGUUAGUCCACAUGAGGACUCACACAGGUGAGAAGCCACAUACUUGUAACAUAUGUGGGAGAGCUUUUGGACGUAAUGGUCACUUGUUAGUCCACAUGAGGACUCACACAGGUGAGAAGCCAUAUACCUGUAACGUAUGUGGGAAAGCUUUCGGACGUAAUGGUGACUUGUUAGUCCACAUGAGGACUCACACAGGUGAGAAGCCACAUACUUGUAACGUAUGUGGGAGAGCUUUCGGACGUAAUAGUGCCUUGUUAGUCCACAUGAGGACUCACACAGGGGAGAAGCCGUAUACUUGCAAAACAUGUGGGAGACACUUCAGAACUGUCAGUCACUUGACAGCCCACAUGAGAACCCACACAGGUGAGAAGCCACAUAUUUGUAAAGUAUGUGGGAGAGCUUUCGGACGUAAUGGUGACUUGUUAGUCCACAUGAGGACUCACACAGGUGAGAAGCCACAUACUUGUAACGUAUGUGGGAAAGCUUUCGGACGUAAUAGUGCCUUGUUAAUCCACAUGAGGACUCAUUCAGGGGAGAAGCCGUAUACUUGCAAAACAUGUGGGAGACACUUCAGAACUGCCAGUAACUUGACAGUCCACAUGAGAACCCACACACGUGUAAAGGUGCAUCACUUGAGCACAGAGGUUCCAGUUGAAGUCACACAUAUACAGGAGAGAGACUGUUUACAUGCAAAACAUGUGGCAGAGCUUUCAGAGGCCUNGAUCAAUAAGUUUGUCUCUCCCUUCCUGUGUGCCAAUUAUGUUUACAUAGAGUUUGAAUCUGAUGUUUGA